CUAAAAAAUUACGUGAAUUGCAGAUGCCUCGGUGUUUCUCCAUCAGUUCUUGCAGCCAGACGCCCAGACCUACUGCAGCCAAUGUCAUCUAUGCUGUGUAUUUCACCAUACUGUUCGCUCUUGCAGCUCGAGUGCCUCCAGAAUCUGCAAACUCUUCUAAUGGUAACCAACACAAAUUCGCAAACUCAAAUCUUUUGUCUCGGUUUGAACAAUCUGUUCAUCAUCGUUCCAAUGGGGAGACUUGUUUACAUCGGUGCAUUCAACUAGGGCUGAAAAUUUACUUGUCCCGUUCCUGUCUCGUCCCUGACCCUGUCUGACCCGUCCCUAAAGGGUCAAGAUGUAUAACUGACCCGUCCCUGUCUCCUUCUUGACCCAUUCUGACCCUCAAGGGUUGGGACGGGACGGGACGGGCCUGGUCUGUGGGUCGACCCUAAUCAACACACUACUUUUUUACAAAUUAUAUUUUGGUACCCAAAAUAAUUUUUUCUUACAAUUUAGUACCUAAAAUUUAUUUUUUUUACAAAUAAGCCCAUAAAUUUUGAUGGUAAAAUUACAAUUUGGUACCCAAAUUUUUUUUACAAGUUAGUACCUAAACUUUUAAAACUUUACAAAAAGGUCCAAUGUGGUGUGAGAUAUUUGUUGUUGCUAAGGGUCACAGGGUCAAAACGUGACCCGUCCCUAAGUUGUCCCGACCCUUACAGGGUCAACAAAUGACCCGUCCCUAAUCUGUCCCUGUAGACAAACUGACCCAUCCCGACACUUAGGGACAGGACGGAUCAGAACGGAUCAGUGGGUCUUCCAAGUCAAGCUUUCACCCUUACAUUCAACUAGUGGAUAUCAGUAGGAAGCUUCUUCCCCUUCAUUUUGGGCAUGCUUAAGCAGCAGGCAGCUUGUUCCCUUGAUCAGAAAAGAAUAGUGAUUUAGAACCAAGGCAGUCUUAUCAAGUAGUCUAAAUUUUGGAGGGUUAAUUUCACGGUUGGUCACUAAAAUUACAAAAAACGUUCAAGUUUGAUCACUCGAAAUAUUUAAAUUAAUUGGUGGUACUUCAGUUUACUCAAACCGUUCACGUUUGGUCACUCUUCGUCCAACUCCGUUAACUUUGGCUGAUGUGGCAGUCAACUCUCAAAGUUGACCGUUAACUUAGUGACGUGACAACUAAAAAAUUAUUAAAAAUAAAAAAUUUAUAUUUUCAACCUCAUUAUUACAUUCAUUAAAAAAAUAAAAAAAUAAUAAUAAAACCUAAUACACAACCCGACCCGACCCAACCCAACCUCCACCUCCGCUUCCAUCCUUUCCACAUGGCCUGGUCAAGCUGAAACCCAAUCCCCCUCUCCAAAUCGAACCUACAGAAAUUAGCCGCCGAGGGCUCUUUUCUCCGUUCCUGAUUCUUCAGCUGCUGGUUGUCAGUUUUGGAUUGGCGCCAAGCCCGAAUCUUAUGCAGAGUUUGGUGCUUCUCGGCGCGUUCGCGCUCAAUGGCGUCGAUUUGAUUGAAGACGAAGCUCAUGCGUGCGAAAAGAGAAGAGGGUUUUGGAGGGUCGGAAGGAGAGGCGGCGGCGACGGAAAAGGUGGAAUAGGGUUUAAGGGUGGAAGGCGAGGAAGAGAGGUGGGCGAAGCUGUAGGGUUUAAGGCGUCUCCAUAAGAGGAGACGAACUUGGGUUCUUCUCGCCAUUUGUCCAGGAGAACGCAACGGCGGAGGAAAGAAGAAAGGCUAUGAUUUGCUUAUAAUGAGUUUUCAGAGUGCCUCCCAGUUCUGAAUUCACGGCGUGAAGUUCAGAUGGUUGGAGAGGGGGAUUGGGUUUCAGCUUGACGAGGCCAUGUGGAAAGGAUUGAAGCGGCGGUGGAGGUUGGGUUGGGUCGGGUAGGGUGUUAGGUUUUUUAUUUAUUUUUUUAUUUUUAAUGAAUGUAAUAAUGAGGU